CCGCGGAAUCCGCGGAUCGAUAACGCGUACUGUGGUUUCAAUAACACGUGUGCUCGAUCGACUCAUUUCGGUUACCGGCGCGAUCGAGAGAACUUUAUUACGCUCGUCGAUCGUCAUCGUUGGAAGUACCUAUACUUCCUAUAGGAAAGACGAACUGGAUGUGGCAACCGUGUCCGGAGCUGGCGGGGACGAUUGGUUUCGGCGACACGCCGGACGCGCGUCGCGCCGCAUCGCGACGAGAAGCUCGUCUCAAAUGCGGCCGCGUUGGGGAAAUCGAUCGACGAUCACGUCGCCGCCGACGUCGCUGUCGCGAGCGAAUCGGACGCGCGGACUUCUACCGAAACCGGUUUUCUACGCCAAGCGCGCCUCGCGAGAGAACGAUUUGCACGCGUGAGCCGCACGGAUGUCGUGACUUCUAAAGGAAAAUUCGUCCACGACACGUAAGAAACUAUCGUGGCAACAUUCGCUCUUCUUUUCUUUUUUCAAUGGAUUGCUGAUCUUCAGAAUCGUUAAAGACUUCUUCUCUCCGAUCUUCUUUAUAAGAUCUUAACAUUCAUAUGCCGCUGAUUCAGAGAUUCAAAGUUUUUAUUUUGAACGAGAAAGAAGAAUGCACAUUGGCAUGCAGUUAGACAGGGGAAUGAACAAUGACGGGCCAGGUAUAAUGCCUUACUGCAAUCGACGGCUCGCCACAAGAAGGGCGUCGCCUCCCACUGACGAUGAACAAAGUAUAUCAUCGGAAGCGGAAAACACAUCGCCACGUGGGUCGCCUUUGAAUCGCGGAGACAAUCGUGUAAAUCGACGUGCUGUCGCCGCACAAAAUGCCACGGGGAGAAGGCGACGAGGAAACCUGCCCAAAGAGGCCGUAAUUAUUUUGAAACGGUGGCUGAGCGAGCACAAAUUCAAUGCUUAUCCAAAUGACGUUGAAAAGGAGGCACUCAGCAGCCAAACUAGCCUCACGAUAAUGCAGGUGUGUAACUGGUUUAUAAAUGCUAGGCGACGCAUUCUCCCUGGAAUUUUGAAAGAGGCUGGUGAAGAUCCAAACCGUUACACAAUAUCACGUCGUACUCGUCGCGUAAACUCUAGCAGUCCCCUUCGGCAUGGUCGAAGAACUCCUCUCGAACCGAUUGAAGACGAUCCACCAGCACAAUGCAACGUAAAUUUUCCGCAACGUGGAUUGGAAGAGCCCACAUAUCGAAGCGAGGACUGUCCGAACGAUUACGAGAGCAGUUUGAACGACUACCACAGCGAGGAGGAGCAUCCUUUGAUACGAUGGCCCAACGUAAUCGUUCGUCCUUACGCUGAAGCUCAAGUCGAGCAAUUAGAUGGCGACGCUAUUUCUCAUCCGUAUGCUCGACGAAGGCCUAAUCCUUCAUCCAAUAUGGACAAUUCUGAGAGUUCUGCCCAAGAAGAACCUGCUGCAUACUGGAGCGCACCCCGUGAGCAUCUAGUAUCGCCCGUUGUUCAACAGCAUAUCGCAUAUCGUGGCCUGUCGACGCGAAGCCUUGAAAAUGCUUAUUUUCACGAACAUAAUGGUGACUCAUUCAAUAUGCUCGUCGAACUUGCGGUUAAUUUACCAUAUGCAAUUUCUUUACCCAACACGCCUUCACCAGAGUCUCGUCUUUCAACGUCUUCCCCAUAUUCGUCACCUUCGUCUUCUGUUCCGUCUUCUCUUCCAUCAAUGGAAGAACCUUUACACUCGAGAGAUACAACGGUAUCGUAAUUAUCGUUACUAUUGAUAAUCGCGGCUCAAUGGAUUUGACGACGAUGUAAAAGGUAAAUAAAAGACAAAAGUUCCUUUCAAAAACCUAGCAAAUUAUUACACUUUUUAGAAAUUGUUACAGUUAUAUCAACGCAAUCAUCAGUCAUUAUCGUCAUGUUGAUCUCAUUGUUACCAUUAAAGGGUCCUUUCUCUAAGAGUUGAAAAAAUUAGGCGUUUUAGGAAUGUUUUAAAGGAAACAUUGGACCAUAAUAGCGAAUGAAAGAAGAAAUAUAAUAUAUAG